ACGCGUAAAAAUAACAAGACUGAAAACUCGCCAAAAUGUGCUAUAAAAGUGUUUUCUUUACAUGUGCUUUCCUUGCUUUGUGUCUUCAACCGCUCCAAGUGAUAUCUUGCCAAAAUAUUGAGCAACGGUUUAAGUUUCCUAAUAGUGAUAUCUACUUACGUUUAGUCCACAACUCAAAACUGCAAUAUCAGGUUAUGAAAGGUUCAAAAACACUUCAGACAGUUACCCUAGAAAACACGUCCACCAACAAUAAAUUGGAACAAACCGAAACUGGUUCUUUUACACUGAGUACAGGAGAUGCCACAAUUCAAUUCGAUUUGAUUCCCAGCAGCACUGGUAUCGUGCAUGUCCGCGUCUCCCGCAAUGUUCCGGCUGGCACGCAGCCUAUUGAUUGCUUCGAUCUGGAUGUCUCUAAUGCACACUGGUAUGGUGGUCCAGAAUACAAGAAUCAUUAUUGGCCAGUAGAGAAGCAAACAUUGACCAAUUUCUCGUAUGUCACUAAAGAAUUGGAGAACAUGGGCGUAGCUGAGCGUUAUUGGCUCAAUACGAAAGGUGAAUUCUUCUAUGUCGAAGAUAAUACACCCCUCUUUGUCGAACAAAAUUCCGAAGGCUAUGAAAACAAGUUGUGCUUCAGUGCAUUAAGUGCGCUACCGUUCAACUCACGCGUUGAUAAAGUAACUUUUGUAUAUCACAUUGGUAUAGCAUCAAAUGCUAAGGAUGCACAUAUGUAUGUCGUAAAGAAAUUCCUUGGCCAUCCUUCUGAAUAUCCUGAUGAGCGCAUGGUUGCCCAUCCGAUCUGGUCCACAUGGGCGCUUUAUAAAAGAGAUAUCAAUGAGUCUGUUGUGCGCGCAUUCGGUGAAGAAAUUUUGAGCAAUGGUUUCAACAAUAGCCAGCUGGAAAUCGAUGACGACUGGGAAGAUUGCUAUGGCGCAUUGUCAUAUCGUAAAACUAAAUUUCCUGACAUGAAGCAGUUGACUGACGACUUGAAGUCGAAAGGUUUCCGUGUCACUUUGUGGAUACAUCCCUUCAUCAAUAAAAAUUGCGAACCGAUCUAUAGUGAUGCGUUAAAUAAGGGUUACUUGAUCCUUGAUCAUAAUAAUAAUCCAGAUACACAAUGGUGGAAUAGCGGUCCGAAUGAAGCUGCUUAUGUUGAUUUUACCAAGGCUGAGGUGCGCACUUGGUUCAGCGAUCGCCUGAAGAGUUUGCAGGAGGAAGGUGGUAUUGACAGUUUCAAAUUCGAUGCCGGCGAGUCAAGUUGGAUGCCCUCCGAUCCUGUACUGCAGGGUGACUUGAGCCUAUCACCUACACAAAUGACGCGCGACUAUGUGCGUACCGUAGGUGCUUUCGGUCCCAUGGUGGAAGUGCGUUCCGGUCAAAAUACACAGGAUCUGCCAAUUUUUGUGCGUAUAGUAGAUAAGGACUCCGAGUGGGGUUGGAACAAUGGCUUGCUUACACUCAUAACGACAAUGUUGCAAAUGAAUUUGAAUGGCUAUCCAUUCGUGUUGCCCGACAUGAUUGGCGGCAAUGGCUAUGACGAUAAACCACCGAGCAAAGAACUAUUUUUGCGCUGGUUGCAAGCAAAUGUUUUCAUGCCUAGCUUGCAGUUCUCGUACGUGCCAUGGAAUUUCGAUGAAGAAGCUAUUGAGAUAAGCAAGAAAUUCGUGCAAAUGCAUGCUGAUUACGCUCCUGAAAUCAUCAAGCGCUUCAAAUUGGCAACGGAAACCGGCGAACCUGUGAAUUUGCCACUCUGGUGGGUUGAUCCAAGCGAUAAAGUGGCGCAAGGCGUUUACGAUCAAUUCCUGCUCGGCGAUGACAUCAUUUCUGCACCAGUCGUUGAGGAGGAUGCUGUUGUACGCGAUAUAUAUUUGCCUAAAGGAAAUUGGAAAGAUGGCAAUACAGGCGUAGUGUACCAAGGCCCCAAAUGGUUGAUGGCAUACAAAGCACCACUGGACACGCUGCCUUAUUUUGUGCGCGAGCACAACUAAUGUGUGAUAUAACUACAUAUCGUCCUGACCUGUAAUACAAAAAGCUGUAACGAACCAAUUCAACAAAGUGAGGAGUUAUAAUUCGAUGAAAUGCGUCAUUUUCAUUAAAAAGAAAUGUGAAUUUUAGAUUUAUUGUCAGUUUUAGCCUUUUGCGUUUCAAAGGACGUUUGCACAUACAUAUGUAUGUAUGUAGUUUAAAGAUAUAAGAUU